GUUGUUGGAAGUUGCUGCAGCUGAUUCAACAAGUCACGGAAGGAAUACCCAAGGUCUGUUGCAUUGUAGUGGAGUUUCAUCACGCAUAUUCAGCAUAUCUCUGCAGCAGUGAGGGAACAGAGAAGGGCCAUGAUGUGGAAGUUCGUAAUUUUCACUUUUUUGUCAGUUGUUGAGGGAUUCAGUUCCUGUCCAAGUGUGUGCACCUGUCACUGGAUUCAGAAUAAUCUAACAGUGGACUGUGGAAGUGUAGGACUCAACUUCAUUCCACUGGAUAUACCCAUGGAAGUCUACCUUCUGAAACUAAGAAAUAAUUCAAUUCAAUUGAAAUCAAAUUCUUUUCAGAAUACACCCGAUCUUCAAAUUCUCCACCUUCAGAUGAACAAUCUUCAUUUUCUCCCUAAUGAUUUAUUUGCUUGGGUUCCUCAACUAAGAGGGCUUUAUCUGUACAACAACAAACUGUCCCACUUGCCAGAAAAUAUCUUCAGCAACGUUCCAAAUCUGGAAUAUCUCUUGCUCAAUAAAAAUCAGUUAGACAAUGUCUCUGAUCAACUAUUUGCCCCUCUGAAGAAGCUCAAAACAUUAGUUUUGUCCCAUAACCGUCUCCAAGUGGUCUCCCCACGUAUUUUCCUGGGUUUGAAAUCACUGAAGACAUUGUCCCUGGCAUUCAAUCAAAUCUCCAUUCUUCCAGAGUCACUUUUUGAAAAUUUGCAUAAUCUCAGAAUAUGUGCCCUCAACAACAAUAGACUGGAAUCCCUUCCCGACACAGUCUUCCAAGGAUUGCGAAAUCUAACCUGGAUAACAUUAGCAAAUAAUCUCCUUCAAGAGCUCCCCCCAAGACUUUUCAGUCACACGCCACUUGUAAAGCUCUUUCUGAACAGUAACAAACUGGAGGUGCUGCAUACAGGAAUUUUACAUUCCUUAAAGGACCUUACUUACUUAGAUUUACGUAACAACCAACUAGAGUUUGUGCCUAAUGGAAUAUUUGAAUCACUGGUUAAUCUGGGCUCCAUCAGGUUGGAUCAGAAUCCCUGGAGGUGUGACUACAGGAAUAAUUACCUUCGUUGCUGGAUCAAACGUCACAAAAACACUAUCAACAGUAGGAAGAUCAGCAAACCUGAAUCUGUAACCUGUCACUCACCAGAGCAUCUGGCAGGAAAUGCCAUGGUGAAUGUGACUGCCAGAGAAAUGGGCAAGUGUCAAACUCUGGAGCUCAUUACUCCACAUUAGCGAGGUCAUUGUUCUUAUUUUCAAUAUUUGAUGCUUAAUGAAUAUUCCUAAAACUGCAAUGGCACUAUCUUAUACUGUGACUACGCAGUCUAGCUUGAAUUGUAGUGCAACUAUUUCAGUAGUUUUAGAGAUGGUGUUGAAACACUUUCCUUUCAGGUUCACAGAACCUAACUAUUUCUAUUUUAAGAUAAUAAAAUGUGAGGC